AUGAAUUCGUCAUUCACAGCUGAUGUAAAUGCCGCAAUACUGGAUGGUGUCAUGCCGCCUAAAUCCAAGAAGUCCGAUUUGGUUCCCCGCAUAGCGUUGGCGCUCCAUGUCUUUACCCACGCCACAAGCUCAUUACUAAACGGACAACCAUUAGAACAAUGCCCUACAAUGAUAUCCAAACAAACAUUGGAAAGAGCGGUCAAGUUCGUGGAACACCUAGAGCUUCAAAAAGAUGCCCUUUGCCAGGUAAAAAGAAAUAUUUUUGCGACUUAUUAUAGCUCGCCUUGUUCCAUUUUCUCACUAUUUAAUUUAGUCGCUUUGCCAUAACAUACCACAUAAAUAAUAGGCAAUGUGUUAUUGUAAUUUCGAAUAACAUUUUGAUUUUUAAUCGACGUUUCAACUAGUAAUAAUUAUGUGGUCAUCCUCAGGAUUAAUAAUCAUUAUUAAUCCUGAGGAUGAUUACAAACAAAUUGUUAUUAUUAUUAUGUCAUUAAUGUUAUUAUGUUACAUGCAUGGGCAGCAGCAGCUCCGGAUAGGAUUUAAAACUUCAAAACAGGCCGCAAUUUCUCGCAACUUUUCAAGCCUAUUAUAUAAGACCCUUAUACAUGUAUUUGCUUCCCAUUUCAUUCGUAUAUUAAUCACAAGGGCAAUGCACUGUCGAGUAGCCGAAUGUAAAUACAUUACAACAAUUCCUAUAUAAAAUAUAUCACUAUAUUUUUCAGUUUAUAAAAUCAAUGACAGAAGAUUCUUGCGACCAAGUAAGGAAGCAACCGACACAGUAUCAAAUUAAAGUUUCAGCGUUGUUCUUCCCUGGUCCAGUGCUCUCGUACCGAGCGUUCAAGCAGUCAGCUUCACCCAAAGCAGUCAGGAGUGUCACACAAACAGAAUAUGAUUCUGCCGUUCGUCAGCUCUGUCCCAUUUAUGGGACAAUCAUCUCUGCAAGAGUUGCAAGAGUGCCUAAACCAAUAUCAGUAUUUGUAAAGAAAUCACCCGAUACUUAUGAAGCAUGGCCAUCAAACUCACUCAUCACCCAAGACCAAUACGAAGAAAAAUACAGCCGUCAAUGUCACAGUGCCAUAACCCAGAACAUAAAGCAACUUUUAAUACGCCAAGGUUUCCUAAAUGAGCAGCAGCCAAAUGAGUAA